AUGUUCCACCAUCCACCUCCCCGGCCCAUCCCAAAACUUAAAUUCCGUGCAAUAAUUUCUCUCCCCAACAAUCAAGAACAACCACAGUCCCUCAACAACAUUGCUCAAUUCCCGCCACGUGAAAAGUCUUUGCGAACCCUUGACACUCCGCACGACGAGAUAAAAGCCGUCGCCCAGCGUAUAUGCCAAUCUCUGUCGAUGGUCAAUGUCGAGAACGGGAAAGGCAUCCUCACCUUCAAUCUCGAUGGUUUCGGCAAUGUCAUGCUGUAUUACGGCGAUAAGACCACCCAUGCUCAUGAGGUCAAGGCGGUGGCGGGGGUAACCGAAGCCUAG